CGUAAUAUAGACGUUAGAUGUCAGGAUGUCGUUGAUAACGUCGCACGUGUUACGUUACCGCAGUUUAAAUAAACUUGCUACUCCGCUCAGAUUAGUAACGACCGGUACUAUUAGUAAGUCACGACCGUGUUCUCUGUUUGAAAAAUACGUGAGAAAAAUGUCAUACACGACGAUCGAAAGGGGUGCACCGAACAGCAUUGAUUACAGAAUAUAUUUCAGAAAUGAUACUGGUCCAAUUUCACCCAUGCAUGAUAUUCCACUUUAUGCUGAUGAAGAUAAUAAAAUAGUGAAUAUGGUUGUUGAGAUACCAAGAUGGACAAAUGCAAAGAUGGAGAUCAAUCUUAAAGAAACAUUAAAUCCUAUCAAGCAAGAUGUUAAAAAGGGCAAAUUGAGAUAUGUUGCCAACUGUUUUCCUCAUCAUGGAUACAUAUGGAACUAUGGGGCUUUACCACAGGUAGUUUAAUCCUCUGAUGAAACUAUUAUCAAGGCAUUAUGUUAUCAAUAUGAGGAAUUAGAGUACAAAGAGAUAUGUAAUUACAAUAUGAUAAAGAUGAUGCAUUUCCCCUUCUGUGACAUUCGCUAAUGGUUAUAAAAUGAUAUCAUCAAUUUUAUUGGCUCUAAUCUGAUGUAAAAUGAAUGAUGAUUGCAUGGUAUAGACACAUAUACAUUUUUCUAUCCUUGCACAUUUACUCAAGUGUGUGAACAAUGUCUUAUCAUAGCUUAUGUAAACUCUUAGUCUGGGUUCAAGACCAUAUUAUCUAUAGUGGUUAUUGUACAAUGCUCAAUUUUUCUCUAUUUAGUUUUAUAUAUACUCUUUACUAACUUUUUCUUUUUUAAUGAAUAAAAAUAUUCAUUUCAGACACUAAAUUACACAAAUAAAAAUAAUUUGCACAGCACUAAUACAACCGUGAUAGGCAGUCCCUUUAAAGUAACUCCAGAGGCUGCUGAAGAAAUACUGGAUAAGGCUCCAGGAACAUUGGAGGCUCAAGCAAUAGAUCCUAUUGUUGAUGAAAUAAGAUUUUAUUUUAUUAAAAAAAUAUAUAAUUACUGUAGCAGAUCAAUGACUGGAUAUUUUUAACUUUCAAUCCAUGUCAAAGAAGAUUCGUCACUAAAAUAUGCUUUUAAAAGCAUGAAGGAGAUUUAUACACGUUUACUAUAAAUUCUGUAGACAUGUUUACUUCGUUACUUGUUAUGUUACUUAGUGUGAAACAUGGAUUAUCGAUAUCGCCAUAUCCAAAGUUAUUUUUUUUUUUUUUUUGCGUGAGGAGGGGAGAGAAUGGCUGUUACGCAUGCCCAGUGACCCCGCAUAUAUCACCGGGUUUUGUGCGACUCGGGCGGAUGUUGGUUGCCAUAUACCCACUAAUAAACCCCUCCUCCCCUCCUCCUUUUUGCUGCUUUGAGGGCAGACAACCCCGGUAAUAAUAUCUGUUGGCAGUCAUCAGGGUUGGUGGUCCUCCCCGUCCUUUCAUGCCCCCUUGUAUUCUCCUUCUCUCCGGGCAGUUAUGUCAGUUUCCCAGCCAGUUCAAUACUAGGCGGA